AAUUGCAAUUUCCCUGCACACGAAUUACCAUCAUCUUAAACCUACCCUGGUAACGAAGCUGAUUUUUGCAUCGCCGGUGCUUUAUCUUCUCAGGCAAGCGAUUUUCUUCUCUUCAAAAGAUCAACAAUUCAUUUUCUUUAAGUAUUCAAUCGUCACUUCUUUCUUUCUCGUGAAUAUGACUGCAGUUUUGCGCAAAGAUUCCGUUGGUAUAUUAUUGAGGAAUUCCUCGAAUCUAUGCAAAUCUAGGGUUCCAUUUUCGACUUCAUUCCAUCACUUGUACUCCAUAUCCACGGAGAAGAAACCCAAAAUCAAUCCCGCAGUUUACGAUUUCUUGUUUCAACAACACAAUUUCUCUCCCGAAGCAGCCGCGGAAGCCGCCUCUGUCAUAACCCGUUUAAGGAACCGGGAAAAAUCCGAUUCCCUUUUCUCGUUCCUGGAAAAAAACGAUUUUUCGAGCUCCCAUUUGGAGAAAAUCGUGAAAUACAAACCUUCAUUCAUCUCGAUUGAUCUCGAGAAAUCAGUAAAGCCGAAGAUCAAGAUUUUCCAAGAGCUGGGCCUCUCCAACAGCGACAUAGCCGAUCUGUUUGCGGGCAAUGCAUCCGUUUUUUAUCGGAGCACGGAUAAAAGAGUGAUCCCAGCGUUAUCUAAGCUUAGGGGCUUGUUGGGAUCGAAUGCUAGUGUUGUUAACCUCUUGAUGAAGAGCGGGAGGUUCUUGAUCAGAGAUUUGGACAAGACUAUGGUGCCAAACAUCGAGUUCUUGAGGAGCCGUGGCGUCCCCAUGGAGCAGAUCAUCACGUCUAUGCAUUGCUUCUCGAGGUUCCUGCUGCAUAAGCCCGAGCAUGUGAGGAGAAGCGCGGGCAAGGCAGAGGGAUUGGGCGCCCGGCGAGGCUCAAGGAUGUACAUUCAUGCUGUGAGGGUUGUUGCCUCCAUGAGUGAUGAGGUUUGGGAGCUCAAGCUGCAGGCUUUUAGGAGUUUGGGGUUCGCGGAUGCUGACAUCUUCAACGCCUUCAGCAAGUAUCCCCAGGCCUUUGCUGUGUCGGUGAGGAAGAUGAGGGAGGUCGCGGAUGUGCUGGUCUCCACCGGGAAGUAUGAUGUGGUGAGCGUGGUUGCAUACCCGUUAUGCUUGGCUAGCAGUAUCGAGAUGAGGUUUAGGCCGCGGCUGCAGGUGUUGGCUGCUUUGGAGGAUAGGAUGUUGAUCACGAAGUGGCCUAGUUUGCCUACAUUGUGCAAAUUAUCGGAUGUGAUUUUCUUUGAGAGGUAUGUCGAGCCUUACAUGGAUGAAGUUGGCCAUUUGUUUCUUGCAAAGGGUCUAAUCAGUUGCUAGAAAAAGCCGUGCUUUCGACACUGACUUGAUUUUUGGCAUUUGGUUAGCCAGAAAUUGAUGCCACUGGGGUUUGUGUGAAUCAUGUUUUGGUUUCAGAAGUUUUGUUGUUUUAGGUCUAUUUCAUUUGAUGCACCAAAACAAUUAUCUAUUCUUGUUCUUGUCAUUUUAAUCUACCACAAACUAAUGUCUAAUCUCAGAUUUUGUCUA